GGCGUCAUAGAAGAGCGCCCACUUUCACGUGGGUAAUUCCGUGUGUUGCACUUGCAACACACUUGCAGUUUAAUAUGACAUUUUGCUGUUUUCGACAAGAGCCUUGGGUUUCAGUUGCAGAACUGCCAUGGUCGGUAGAGCUUCGCGAGGAGUUCAGAGCUAUCAGACAGUGGCUUCAUGUUAUCAGAGAGGUUUGCAUGGAACAGAACAGGUUGAUGUUCAAGAACGGUGGUCUGAGAAUAGUCAGCAGACGAGUCUGGCAGGUACACAGCGCAGUCAACGAAGGAGGAGCUGAAGUCACCAGGCAGUUCCUCUGCUGUGACCCUAAUGAUCCCAACGUCCACCAAGCCCUCGUCAACGUCCAAAACAACGUCAUCGCGACUGCAAAUCGCUACAAACUCCCCGGAAUUCUUCCGCCUCCAGUCUUUGCCAACGGGGUGAUGGUUCGUCCCCGAAUCACCUCGGAGCCAGGACGCUUCCAGAAGUUCAUCAGUGAUGUCCGCAGUCGAUUCACAUUUGUCACGCCCAAACCUAAUGACCAAACAGCCUGUAAGAGAGAAGGCUCUCCGUCCUCACACAGCAAAGUGAAGUCGAAUGAAGACAAAACGUCAUCGUUGAGGCGAUUUCUGCAGAGAGUGAGAAACUUUCGUCGUACGGGAUCUACUUCCAUUCGGUAGAUUCCCCAAACACAUGUGAACCGUUAAAUGUCCAUAAACAGUAUGGUACAGCCAUUUUUGUAUGUUAAACCGAUUUGUAUGCACAGUUUUAAUUUUGUUUCAUUGUUUGUCGAUCCACCUCAUCUAGUUUUCGAUUAUAUGCACCUCUGACAAAGCCCGAUUUGCGGUUGUAUUUUGAUGUUUUGCUUUGCCAAAGCUGAACGUGAAUGUCGAGCCUCUAGAUGCGGCCUGACAAGAAAACAAUUACCAUUGUAACCUUCUUCGAAUUAAGUCUGAAAUAAAGACCUACC